ACAUUUCAGUUGAAGGCCAUCACAGUUCUCCUUUUAAACCCUAGAAACCUGCAACGACGUCAAACAUACUAUUCUCAACCGGUCCAUCAUGGAAUUCUCUCAGGAUGACCUCGAUCGGCUUCUCCUGUUCGAGCACUCUCGCCAAACUGCCGAAGCUAACCACGCCAAAAACCCUCUAGAUGCCGAUAAUCUAACCAAGUGGGGAGGAGCGUUGCUUGAAUUGUCGCAAUUUCAAAAUGUCUCCGACUCGAAGCUAAUGAUUAGUGAUGCCGUUUCGAAGUUGGAGGAGGCUUUGGUUAUCAAUCCAGUAAAGCAUGAUGCUCUAUGGUGCCUGGGAAACGCCUACACCUCCCAAGCAUUUCUCACUCCUGACCCUGAUGAGGCAAAAGGUUCGUUUGAUAAGGCGCAUGACUGUUACCAAAAGGCAGUUGAUGAGGAUCCAGCUAAUGAGCUCUAUCGCAAGUCUUUAGAAGUCACUGCCAAGGCACCAGAACUGCACAUGGAGAUCCACAAGCAAGGGCUUGGUCAACAGACUAUGGGCGGCGCAUCUUCUGCUGCUUCUAAUGAAAAGAGUUCCAAGAAGAAGAAAAGUGGUGAUCUCAAAUAUGACAUAUUUGGAUGGAUUAUACUAGCAGUUGGAAUUGUUGCAUGGGUGGGAAUGGCGAAAUCCCACAUACCUCCCCCUCCUCCAAGAUGAGCCUUUUGAUCAUAUUCAAGGCAACCUUGCUGAUACUUUGCUGGCAGUUUCAAAUUUGGGCUGAUAGAUUCAACAGUCUGGAGAUAUGGUAAAUUCAGUCAUACAUGUGGUAUGCUAUCCACAUACUGAUUUUGACUAAUAGUGUCUCUUUCCUGCUUUGGUAGGCUGAUUAUUUCACUCUUGUGAUCUUUGCCUUUUGUUGGUUGGUUCUGCAUUGGUAGAUAGUAUAUUGAAUUGAGCUAUUUGUAUCUAUUUCCUUUAUACACUCCUGGAGGGGUGUGAUUAGUGAGUCAUAUUCUUGGCUUUCUGGGGUUAUGAUAUUAGUACUUUACCAAACAAAGGGUUGUGAUGUAACUAAUUCUAGGAUACUAGAGGCACAUCUUUUUUAUCUUCUUGGUGUGGAACCUUGGAUCGUUGUCAUUUUUUAAAAGUAAUGAAGACUGUUAUUGACUAGAA